AUUACGGUGUCUUAUCUGACCACCGGAGUUAACAUUGUUCAUUAAACGUGCAGCGCACCGGGACUAAUCUUAAUCGUUCGGAAUACAACUUUUUUUUUUCUUCUGCGCACAAUUUUCCUUCACUUUACGCGUAAAACGGUCUACUUUAUUCGAAAAUUAACCAUAAUCGUCUUUCUUUUCUUAAAACCCCAAAGGAGGGAUGGGAAUCUUUGGUGGGCGCCUGAUACAAAGGAGCAACAAUGUGUAAAAUCUCUCUACAACCUUGGGAAGAAAGACAUUCAAAGGACACAGAUUGGCAUAACGCACCGAGCUCAAAUAAACUACAAACAGGAUGGAUUCGUGCGUGUUUCUUGGUGAUCUUGGUGUGCGAUAUUCUCGAAUUUUCUUUGUGUGCAAGUGUGGCAGGGUCCAAAGUUGAACAUGAGGGGUUUUGUCCAAAUAAGCUUAAUGCCAAUCUUUGGGUUGAUGCGCAGAGCACCUGCGAGAGGGAAUGUAGUAUCGAUGAGGACUGUGCUGACUUUGAAAAAUGCUGCACAAAUGUGUGUGGCCUCAACAGUUGCGUUGCUGCACGUUUCUCUGAUGGCACUCCAGCUCAGCCAGAUGGAAAAGGUGGAGGGAAGGAAGGCGAUGCCACCACUGCUACCUGUGAGGGCUUCAUUUGCAGCCAGCAGGGAGCAACAUGUGACAUCUGGGACAGACAGCCUAUCUGCAAGUGUCAGGACCGAUGUGAAAAAGAGCCCAACUUCACCUGCGCAUCAGAUGGCCUCACCUAUUUCAACCGCUGCUACAUGGAUGCAGAAGCCUGCAUCCGGGGGGUGUCUUUAACGGUCAUACCCUGCCGCUUCUACCUCGCUGGGCCCCAUACCAGCCCACUGCCUCAAGACACUACAGCUUACCCCACCCCAACAUCGUCCCAAGAGGAUCCUAUGCCCCCGACACUAUACUCCAACCCUCAUCACCAGUCUAUCUAUGUUGGAGGCACAGUCAGCUUCCACUGCGACGUAAUUGGAGUCCCCAGACCUGAUGUAACGUGGGAAAAGCAGAGUGAUCGGCAUGAACGUCUGGUCAUGAGGCCAGACCAGAUGUACGGCAACGUGGUUAUCACCAACAUUGGACAGCUGGUCAUUUACAACGCCCAGGUGUGGGAUACAGGCAUCUACACCUGUAUUGCGAGGAAUUCUGUUGGAGUUCUUCGUGCAGACUAUCCUUUAUCUGUCAUUCGUCGGGCUGAUGAUGAUUUCUCUGAAGAUCCUGAGAUGCCCAUGGGGCGUCCAUUUUCACCAGCAGACUGUCUGGCUGAAGUCGACCUGAGAAAGUGCAGCGGAGAACGUCAUGUUGACUGGUAUUAUGACAGCAAGUUGGGAUCCUGCAUGGCCUUCAACAAUGGUGGAUGUGAUGACAGUCGCAACCGAUUUGAGACUUAUGAGGAGUGCAAAGCAUCUUGCCAGAGAGAGGGGAUGGGGAUUUGCUCUCUGCCUGCUGUGCAGGGCCCCUGUAAAGCUUGGGAAGCCCGUUGGACCUGGAAUUCCUUAAUGAAACAAUGCCAGGCCUUUGUUUAUGGUGGCUGCCAAGGGAAUGCCAACAACUUCCGAACCAAAAAGGAGUGUGAGGCAAACUGUCCACAACCUAAACGGAAGCCCUGCAGGACCUGUCGGAUGAGGGGGAAAAUGAUGCCCAGCUUGUGCCGCAAUGACUUUGCCAUUGUGGGCAGGCUGACGGAAUUGGUAGAGGAUCUGGACUCUGGGUUAGCUCGCUUUAGCUUGGAAGAAGUCCUGAGGGAUGAAAAGAUGGGCCUGACUUUCUUCAAUACAAAGCACCUUGAGGUGACCAUCACCAAGAUCGACUGGAGCUGCCCCUGCCCCAACAUCACCGUGGAGGAAAACCCUUUGCUAGUGAUGGGAAUGGUGCAGGAUGGAAUGGCCGUUAUUCAGUCAGACAGCUACGUCAAAGCCAUAACUGAACGCAGACUCAAAAAGCUGCGCGAUGCUCUGGAUAAAAAGACAUGUGAGUGAUUAUAAACUUC